GCAUACAUACAUAUGAGUCAUAGUCAUAGUAAUAACAAAAUACUAACUCACACCCACCCACCACCACCACCACCCCCUCUCCCUCUCCCUCUCCUCCAUACGUAGCUACUUCACCUCUCUCUCUCUCUCUCUCUCUGUGUUUCUCUUCCUCAUGGGUUCUUCUACAGGGAGCUUAGAGCACACCACUAACACCACUCUCUCUCCUUUCUCAUUCACCACGCCCUUCGCCACCUCCUUCUCCGAGCUCCUCGCCGGAGUCAGCGAUGAAGACCGAUCAAAAUCCCCUACAUCUCGCGCGGGCGGCGGAGGCGGCUUCGGCAGCGGCGUGCCCAAGUUCAAGUCCACCCCCCCGCCGUCGCUGCCGCUCUCGCCGCCUCCCAUCUCCCCUUCCUCCUACUUCGCCAUCCCCGCCGGCCUCAGCCCCGCCGAGCUCUUGGACUCUCCCGUCCUCUUAUCGUCCCACAACAUGAUGUUUCCAUCUCCCACCACUGGUACUUUCCCAGCACAAGCUUUCAAUUGGCGACCCAACAACUCCAACAAUUCUCAGCCUGGGGUUUUCAAAGAUGAAAACAGAGCAUACUCUGAUUUCUCCUUCCACACCAACACAAAGCCCCAAAUCUCCAACACAUCGAUGUUUCAACCUCUUCCAACUACCAAUUCUAAGGAAGAGUUUGCUCCUCAAAACUCGAACACGAAAGACGACAUCGCGGUGGCGGCGGCAGCGGCGCCGGAGAUUCCGGUGCCGAACAUCCUGAGGGAACCGCGCAAGUCCGACGACGGAUACAAUUGGCGAAAAUACGGGCAGAAGCAAGUGAAGGGGAGCGAGAACCCGCGCAGCUACUACAAGUGCACGUAUCCGAAUUGCCCGACGAAGAAGAAGGUGGAGAGAUCCCUAGUUGAUGGGCGCAUAACAGAGAUUGUGUACAAAGGAACACACAACCAUCCAAAGCCGCAGAACACAAGAAGAAGCUCUGCUUCCUCUGCUUCCUCUGCUCCUCCCCAGGCUCUGCAGAGCUCUGCUCCUAUCAAUUCCGAAGCAUCGGAUUCGUUCGGCGGGGCGAUGGACUCCGUCGCCACCCCCGAGAACUCGUCGAUCUCCUUCGGGGACGACGAGAUCGAUGCGAGCGCUCCGAGGAGCAAUUUGGAGGGGGAGGAGAUCGACGAAGACGAGCCCGACGCAAAGCGUUGGAAAAAGGAAGGGGAGAAUGAGGGGGCGUCGGCGGCGGGGAAUCGGACGGUGCGGGAGCCGCGGGUGGUGGUGCAGACGACGAGCGACAUCGAUAUAUUGGACGACGGAUAUAGGUGGAGGAAAUAUGGACAAAAGGUUGUGAAGGGGAAUCCAAAUCCUAGGAGCUACUACAAAUGCACAACAACGGGCUGCCCCGUGAGGAAGCACGUCGAGAGGGCGUCGCACGACCUCAGGGCGGUGAUCACGACAUACGAAGGCAAGCACAACCACGACGUCCCCGCCGCGCGAGGAAGCCGCCCUCUCGCAGACAACAACAACAACAACAACAACAACAACAAUGUCAUGGCAAUAAGGCCGUCGGCGAUCAACGGGCCCUCUCACCUCUUCCACGGGCGCCUCAACGCGCCCGCGAACCAGGCGCCGUUCACUCUCGAAAUGCUGCAGGCCCCUGCAGGAAACUAUGGAUUCCCCAACUACAAUGCGAGCUCCAUGAACUCCUCUUCUUACAUGAAUCAACUACAACAACAACAACAACAACAACAACAACAACAACAAAGACAAGUGGAGAGCAUGUUGCAAAAGACUAAAGAGGAACCAAGAGAUGACUUGUUUUUCGACUCAUUACUUUGUUGAAUUUGGCUCUAUAUGUAGAUCUUGUAUAUCUAAUAGGGCUUUUGUUGUACACUCAAGGUGGAUUAGAAGAUACAUAAAAAGAGUCAUUUAUUCAUUUGUUUCUAGGACAAAGACAUAUAUAUUAUAUAUAUAUAUAUGGAUACAUAUACGUAGUAGUGAAAUGCAAAAUAAAGAGGGAAAGGCUAUUUGGAAGUUAAAUUUUUAUAA